GGUCAGCGCAAUCGCAUGUGCGCUUUGGUACGCGCAGUCGGACGUUUUGGGUUCGUUUUUGUGUACCACGCACGAUCGGCUAGUGAAGUAACUCUUGUGAAAUACCGAUAUCGUCGAUUACAACCCUAAGAAACGGCCAUGAGGCAUCAUAUGCUGAAGCUACUCCUCGGAGUUAGCUUACUCGCUUUUGCCAAAUGUGGCCCACCUGGAAAGCCAUCCCUAGGCUGGGGCGAACGAACCUUCGCGAUAGUUGAAGUCAAUCAAGCGGCGACUGCUUACAAUCAGCUGGUUACCAGGAAAGAUGGUGCUGAUGUUACUGUUACAUGGAACGUGUGGUCUGGAGAUCCAGCAGAUACCGCCAGGGUCCUACUGGAUGGCGAUGAAUAUUGGUCAGGAGCAUCAGGGGCAGCGACGACAGCUACAUUCAAAGUGACAAAAGGUGGCAGAUAUCAGAUGCAAGUUGAACUCUGCAAUUCUGAUGGAUGCUCCUCCAGUGAGCCUACUGAGAUCAUCGUAGCUGAUACUGACGGCAGUCAUUUACCUCCCUUGAUGUACACUCUCGGAGAAAAGAACAAACUAUUCAAACAGACUUCUGGAAAAGUUGUUGGAGCAUACUUCGUAGAAUGGGGUGUGUACCCGAGAAAAUUCCCAGUCGAUCGUGUUCCAAUUCCUAACCUGACUCAUUUACUAUACGGCUUCAUUCCAAUUUGCGGUGGAGAUGGCAUCAACGACAGCUUAAAAGAGAUCGAAGGCAGUUUCCAAGCUCUUCAGAGAUCGUGCAGCGGCCGAGAAGAUUUCAAAGUAUCUAUUCACGAUCCUUGGGCCGCUCUUCAGAAACCACAGAAGGGAUUGUCUUCCUGGAACGAACCUUACAAAGGCAACUUUGGCCAGCUGAUGUCUCUCAAACAAGCCAGGCCUGAACUUAAGAUCCUACCUUCCAUCGGUGGUUGGACACUAGCCGAUCCCUUCUUCUUCUUCACCGACAAGGAGAAGAGAGAUCGCUUCGUUGAUUCUGUAAAAGAUUUCCUCUUGACCUGGAAGUUCUUCGAUGGUGUUGACAUCGAUUGGGAAUUCCCUGGAGGUAAGGGAGCUAACCCCGACCUCGGUAGCCCGAAAGACGGAGAUGUUUACGUUGAAUUAAUGAAGGAAUUGCGUGAAAUGUUGAACGACCUUUCUGAAGAGACCGGUAAGAAAUACGAGCUGACCUCCGCUAUCAGUGCUGGAUGGGAUAAGAUCCAAGUUGUCGAUUACAGUGAAGCUCAAAAGUAUAUGGACCAUAUCUUCCUUAUGAGUUAUGAUUUUAAAGGCGCCUGGUCUAACGACACCCUCGGUCAUCAGACUCCACUUUACGCACCCGCUUGGAACCCUAAGGAAACUUAUACCACUGACUUUGGUGUGAAAUAUUUGCUUGCUCAAGGCGUGAACCCUAAGAAGAUUGUGGUGGGCGUAGCUAUGUACGGACGCGGCUGGACUGGUGUUCAUAAUUACGAAGACAACAAUCCAUUCACUGGCAACGCGACUGGACCAGUCAAAGGUACUUGGCAAGACGGUGUAGUUGACUAUAGAGCAAUAGCACAUGAGAUUGCUUUGGGUAAAUGGGAAUUCCAUUACGAUAAUGUUGCUGAGGCUCCUUACGUGUUCAGGCCAUCGACUGGUGACUUAAUAACGUAUGAUAAUGCACGAUCGACUAUUGAGAAAGGCAAGUAUGUUAGAAAAAAUAAGCUUGGUGGUUUAUUCGCGUGGGAGAUCGACGCAGACAAUGGUGAACUAUUAAAUGCCAUGAACAUGGGUCUUGGAAACAGUCAAGCGUGAACAAGAACGAACUGUUGUAAUAUUGGUGUGAAUGUGAUCGUUAUUCUAAGAUUAUUAUUAAGAAAAAGGUCUCAAAAUGUAGAAAAUAAAUGUACGAUUGGAUGUAAAUUUAAUUUAAAUUAUAAAACUACAAAAAUAUGAAA